AUGUUGGUGGCGACACUUAUUCUUCUCCUGAUUCCAUCAUGCGUUUCAUAUUGUGAUUUGGAUUGCAAGAGGCUUGAGGAUGACCCCAGUAAGGUGGUUUGGACAGAAAGAGCAACUUACUGUGAGAAUGGGUAUGGAGAUGCGCAUUGUGACUCACUGUACACUGGUCAACCAAACGUUACUGCUGGCGGGUCUGCGGUCCGUCCGGACUACUGCUGGGGCACCACUGACGCGAAUGGUGUCACCACAGAGAAUCCAGAUACAAUCAAGCAUGCGAAGAUGUUCUGUGCGAAACGAUGUGGAUAUUGUUGUGUGACAGAGGACCAUACAUGUAAUUGGACCAUCCCAUCUGGAUACACCGCGGAGAUCCAGAAGAUCUGUAAAGAAGUGACAUGGGACAAGUGUCUGAACUCUGUGGAAUACCGACCGAUUUAUGCGAAAUACUGUCCGAAUUACUGUGGAUUUUGUAUGUUCAACGGGUGUGUGGACGCUGUGUCGAGUUGUUCAAAGGACCCGGCGGUAUGCAGAUCUCCCGCUAUGCUGACAUUCGCUAGUCAGUAUUGUAAGAAGACUUGUGGCUACUGUACAGCGUGUCCGGAUAAGAGAACGGAUUGUGCUGAGAUGGUUAGGCUGUAUGACUACUGUAACUGGCAGUCGAAUUAUCAGUUGAAGAAGGAAUGUGCGAAGACUUGUAAUUUGUGUUGA